AUGGCUCCUUCCCACACUACCGUUCUCGCCUCUCAAGCUUCUGUUGGUCAAUUCGAUUCUACUAGAACGCAAACCAAGAUGUUUGCUGGGAAAUCAAAGAAGACCGUGCCCAUCACUCCGACAAUCUCCGAAGAGGAUAUUUUCGAGCAGAAAUGCAGAAAGGAGUUUCCAGAGUACGUUGAGAGAAAGAAAGACAAAAACACUUGGAAACAAUUCUACCAGAAGAGAAUGGACAAGAAACAGAAGAAACAAGAGGAGAAGAUGAAAAAGCUGACGUCAAGAAUUGGAAAAUCUACUGCGAUUCAACAAAAAUCAGCACCCAAGACAAAGUUAAUCGACAUUGUUGGUUUCACUUCUGGGAAGAAAUUCGGACAAUCCUCCAAACUCCGCCCACUCCCCACCAGCCAAAUGACCUCCAUCACAAUCUCCACUCCCAAUGUUCUCGUUCCCGUCACCAAGCCCCGGCAAGUUAUUGCACCUCUUCAAGGACCAACACAAGUUCGGCGUGUUCCACCUGCUGCAGUCACCCGUACCUUCACUCAAAAUGGUGGAUCGACAAAGAAAACAACUCCAUUGAUGCGAAAAUGUCUCCAGAUGAUGAAGAAGUAA